AAUGCUUUUUACCACUGAAAUUGAACUUCCGUACUAGUCAUCAGACUCUACACAACCCCAACCGACCCAAAAUGCCAUUAAGAGCGGCGGCACCACAGCCCUCCCAACCCCCCAAAGAAUCCGCCUACACCCAAUCCGCCAACCCCGUAACCCACAGUCCCUACGAAGUCAAACAAAGCCAAGAGCGUGAACAACGCUCAUACGGCACCGCGCCGGGCCUGAUAACCCGCGGCGCAUCUUCAAAGCCCUCCACAAACGAAACAAUACUAGCCGCGAAGCAUCGACACGAGGCCUCCCUCAAGGCGAUGCAGGACGAGGGUGACGUGGAUACGGACUACGGGGUUGAGCAGCAGCCUAACGAGGGCGCGAUUGCGCAUGCGGUGGAGGACCACUCGCGGCAUCGGAUGCAGGCGGGUGCGCAUGCUGGUGCUGUUGGGACUGCGCAGGGGCCUGGAAUGCCGGCGUAUGGGGAAGAAGUGGACACGAUGGCGCAUCUGGAUAGGAAGCGGGAGGAGCAUCGGCGGAUUUUGGGGGAGAGGGUUGGACGGUCGCCACCGGUACCGGAUGGGGAGACGGCGGAGAGGGAGAGGCUUAGGGAGAGGAAGUUGAAGGAGAAUAGGGAGCUACAUGUUGGGGAUGCAGUGAGGGAGGCGACGGGGAGCCCGGUUGUCGGGAGGUAGCUUGGUGAAACUUUUUUGUUGUUCCGUUAUUGAUUAUCAGAAUUGUGGGUAUUAUUGUACAGGUUAUUGAGAUCCACUGAAGUGAAGCUUAGACAUAAUUCAUACUUGGGUAUCAAAACAAAUCUUCACGCGGUUUUCGGUGAUGAACUCAGCUAUCUGCAUCAUCUCCUUCACCGAUCG